GGGCCGGCAGGGGGCGCUGGCCGCGGCCGCCAUGGGCGCCGCCGUGCCCCUGGGCUGCGCCGCGAUCGCGCUCGGGCCCGCGGCCGCGCUCGUGCUGCUCACGGUGGCGGCGGAGCCGCUGCUCGUCAUCGUGCUGGUGGCGGGGGCGUUUUUCUGGCUGCUGGCGCUGCUCGCGGCCUCGCUGCUCUGGGCAGUGUCGGUGCGGCUCAGCGGGCGGGAGGACGCGGCGCUGCUGCUGCUCGGAGCCGCCGCCGCCGUGCUGCUGCAGGAGCUCUGCAGGUUCGCCUGCUUCAAAAUGCUCAAGAAGGCGGAUGAAGGGCUGGCGACCCUCAGCAAGGAUGGGCGGUCCCCGAUCUCCCUGCGGCAGAUGGCUUACGUGUCUGGGCUCUCCUUUGGCAUCAUCAGUGGCGUCUUCUCCAUCACCAACAUCCUGGCAGACUCUGCGGGGCCGGGCACCGUCGGCAUCCACGGGGACUCCCCGUACUACUUCAUCACCUCUGCCUUCCUCACCAUGGCCCUGGUACUGCUCCACACCUUUUGGGGCAUCAUCUUCUUCGACGCCUGCGAGCGGCGCCGCGCCGGGGGCCUGGGGCUGGUGGUGGGCAGCCACCUGCUCACCUCAGGGCUGACCUUCCUGAACCCGUGGUACGAGGCCAGCCUGGGCCCCAUCUUCAUCCUCACACUCUGCACUGGCCUCUGGGCCUUCAGCACCGCUGGUGGCUCCUUCCGCAACGUCCUCAAGUGCCUCUCCUGUAAGCAGGAGCCUGAGGGCCAGGCCAUGCUCUACUCGGCGCUGCAGGUGCCUCCUGAGGGGUGAGGGAGCCAUGGCCCCACAGCUGGACACUCCUGCCAAAGCCUUCAGCCCUCCUGCUCCGGGGGAAUUUGUGUCUGCCCAGUUCCUGGGGGCCUUUGGGGUCUCACUGGUGUUCCUGGGGACUUUGGGGUCUGACCACCACCCUCUUCCCUUUGUUCCUGGAUUCUGUUGACACCUUUCCCUCAGCUUGAGGCUCUGGGGAACGCCAAGGUGGGCCAGAUGCCCUGGGGGAAGUCCAGGCCUGGGGAAGUCAAGGCAGGACCCCCCAUUUCCUUGUGUUUGUCGCUCUGGGGGGGGUCCCUACCCCUGGUGCAGCCACUGGUGCUGGGGGUGAUGCUCUGGGGGUGGGGGGCACCGGGAUUGGGAUGCUCUGCCCUUCUGACCCCUGUUCAGCUCCCAGGAGGGUUGGAGGUGCAGCGGGGAGUCAAUUAUUUUUUUGAUGAAGAGUAAAACCAUUUUAC